AUGACGCUCAAGGCGAGCGAGGGCGAGACAGGAGGCAGCAUGCGCACGGCACUCUCCAACCUCUACCUGGAGCACUUGCUGCAGAAGCGCAUCCGGCCUGAGGCAGUGUCACACCAGUUGAAUGCCAUGACUGAGGACAUGUACACCAAUGGGUCUGACACCCUGGGUAGCCCUGUCCAUGCCAAGGGGCAGGAGGUGUGGAAGGUGCGACUCAUACAGUUCGAGAAGCCCAUGGGAAUCACUCUGAAGCUGAAUGAAAAUCAGUCGUGUAUGGUGGCAAGAAUUCUUCAUGGUGGCAUGAUUCAUAGACAAGGCUCCCUUCGCGUCAGGGAUGAGAUCCUAGAAAUCAAUGGCACAAAUGUGACCAAUCACUCGGUAGAUAAGCUGCAGAAGGCGAUGAAAGAAACCAAAGGAAAGAUCUCGUUAAAAGUAAUCCCCAACCAGCAAAAUCGUCUUCCUGCAUUACAGAUGUUCAUGAGAGCUCAGUUUGACUAUGAUCCCAAAAAGGACAACCUGAUCCCUUGCAAGGAGGCGGGACUGAAGUUUAUUACUGGAGACAUUAUCAAAAUCAUCAACAAGGAUGACAGUAACUGGUGGCAGGGGUGGGUGGAAGGCUCCUCCAAGGAGUCAGCAGGAUUGAUCCCUUCUCCUGAGCUGCAGGAGUGGCGUGUGACAAGUGUGGCUCAGUCUGCUCCCAGUGAAACCCCGAGCUGCAGUCCCUUCGGGAAGAAGAAGAAGUACAAAGACAAGUACCUGGCCAAGCAUAGCUCGAUUUUUGACCAGUUGGACGUUGUUUCCUACGAGGAAGUGGUUCAGCUCCCUGCGUUGAAGAGGAAGACCCUGGUGCUGAUUGGAGCCAGUGGGGUGGGUAGCAGCCACAUUAAGAAUGCCCUGCUCAGCCAGAGCCCGGAGAAGUUUGCGUACCCUGCCCCAUAUACAACACAGCCACCUAGGAAGAGUGAGGAAGACGGGAAAGAGUACCACUUCAUCUCCACGGAGGAGAUGACAAGGAACAUCUCUGCCAACAAGUUCUUGGAGUUUGGCAGCUACCAAGGCAACAUGUUCGGCACCAAAUUUGAGACGGUGCACCAGAUUCAUAAUCAGGACAAGAUUGCUAUCCUUGACAUUUAGCCCCAGACCUUGAAGAUUGUUCGGACAGCAGAACUUUCACCUUUCAUUGUGUUUAUUGCACCCACUGACCAGGGCAGUCAGACGGAAGCCCUGCAGCAGUUGCAAAGGGACUCAGAAGCCAUCUGCAGCCAGUAUGCUCACUACUUUGACUUCUCACUGGUCAAUAAUGGCACUGAUGAAACCCUUAAGAAAUUGCAAGAAGCCUUUGACUAGGCAUGCAGUUCUCCACAGUGGGUGCCUGUCUCCUGGGUUUACUAAGCUUGCAGAACGGGGUAGGGCAGACUACCAUAUGCCCUCCCCUGCGUUUGGAACUCCAUUCCCCUUUAAGACAAACAGGGAUACUUCAGCUACUUUUGUCAGCCUUCAGCUCUCUGCUACUAU